GGAAUUGUUCGAUUGAGAGUAUAUAAGAACGGUUCUGCCAGACAGACUGGCACUCCAAAGUGGUACACAUUCCACCGAGCAUCAUUUCAACAUGAACUCCAAACUGUUGCUUCUUUCAAUGCUGGUUUGCCUGGUGGCCGCUGACGUCAGCGAAUUGCGCCGGAAACCGUCGUCGAAAACGAUCCAACGGAAACCCUUCCGAUCCCCAGUCCCGCUGCGCAAGUUGCAAGCCCGCAACACCGAUCCGGCUCAGGUGGCGGAACUGUUUGGCGAAGAGUUGCUAGCGGAAGAUAUCGAUGAACCAGAACCAACCAGCUUCCAGCUGACCGCAGAUCACCAGGACUUCCAGGCUCCGUACCACUAUGAGAAACCAGCCGUUGAAAAUGACUAUUUGCCUCCGCUGGUGGUGCCGAAGGAACAACCUGCCGACGAUUACCUGCCACCUUUCCCGGCAGGGGACAACGUGGCCAAACGACAAGUUAAGCUUCGGGUAAGAGUCUGAGUUGAACUCUGUGGCGCGGUAGGCGCGUAGGAAAAUACACAUUUAGGAGCUCAUUGGAAUGAUCUGUGGUGAACAGAAAAUAAAAAUGUUUGAAAAUAUUAGACGUUGUUUUCAAAU